ACUACUUGUAACUGCAUCAGCAGACUACUGUGCACUGUAACAGAUAAGAGUAGAAGUCUCAGCAGAGAGGAGGGUGCUUGGCUGAAAAACUGUCUAGAAUUUGCAAUGGAGGAACACAGAAAAGAAAGGGAGGGAUUGUGUACUGGAAGAAAAGGGGGCACUGAGCUAGAAAAUGGGAGGUAUAGGCAGAGGAGGGGUAAGAGGGACUUUGCAGAAUGGACUCACUCUGGAGUUAGGUGCCACUGAGCUGAUACCAAAGGAAGCAAUGUAGCUUUGAAGGCUAUACCAAGCGUAAUAAAGAACCUUAAAAGUCCUCUAAAAUCAGAAUAUGCUAAUAACCGUCCAUCAUUUCAAUACUUCUGUCUUUAGCACAGAGGGUUAAAGCAGUGCUACUCUUGCAACGUGACUUAUAAAGACAGACAGUCCAUCCAAUGGCAUGCAAGGGCUUGUAGAUGGGAUUUUAGGCACUGGAAUUUGCUGGGCUGUUAUUGCUCUGCAUUGGAUCUUCAUUCUGUGACUCAACAGUGCAAAGAAGGGGUUUGAUCAGUGUUUUGUCACUUUGUGCCUGUUUGGUGGUGUUCUGUCUGCCAGGAGUGAGACACCGUGGCUGCUUCAGUAUUGGCUGAUGAGGAUUGCUUCUCUACCCGGAUCCUUACAGACGCACCGCUUUAGAAGAAACCAACAAUGUCUCAAUCAGAUGCUGAAAACUCAGAUUCUCCGAGGAGGAGGUUCGAACUAGAGGUCCACGACAAGGACACAAAAGAUGCCUUUAGUAAGGGAAACCCAGAUGCAAAAAGAGAUAAUAAGCCACCCAUGGAUUCACACAUGCAGGGUGAAAGUAACAAUUACUCUCCUAAAAUCGGUAUCAACCCAGAUUUCCUUCUAUCGCUUCCAGACUCCAAACUCAAGGCCGUUGACAUUGAUCCAAAAGAUGUUUACACAAGAGACAGAAUCUUCGAAGCUGUUGUCAAUCAUGGCACUGAGGACCUUGCUGGAUUAAAAAACUAUUUGUGCAAAACCAUGAAACAUCUUACUAACACAGAAUAUAAAGAUCCUGACACAGGGAAGACAUGUUUAAUAAAGGCCAUGUGGAAUCUUAAAAAUGGAAUGAAUGAUACAAUUCCUAUAUUGCUGGAAGCUGAUGAGACGCCUGGUAAAGUGGAUGAACUGGUUAAUGCAGCAUAUACCGAUGAAUAUUAUAAAGGAGAGACAGCUCUACACAUAGCAAUUGAGAAGAGAAGCCUCCAACUAGUCCAGCUGCUUAUGAAACACAAAGCUGAUGUCCAUGCCAAAGCAGAGGGCAGGUUUUUUCAGAGGAAGAAGAAAGGAGUCAGUUUUUACUUUGGUGAACUUCCCCUUUCUCUCGCUGCCUGCACUAACCAGCCCGAUAUUGUCGACUAUCUCCUAAACAAUCCAUAUCGUAAGGCUGACUUAAAAGCAAGAGAUAGUCAUGGGAACACAGUCCUGCAUGCUCUGGUUUAUGUGGCUGAUAACACAGAGAAGAACACUAAGAUAAUCUCUAAAAUGUAUGAUGACAUUCUGAAGAAAUCAAUAAUUGACCCAGAGAUGGACCUGGAGGACAUUUCCAACUGGGAAGGUCUAACACCACUAAAACUAGCAGCAAAAAUUGGUAAAAUUGAGUUGUUCAAACAUAUACUGCGGAGGGAGAUUACAGAGCCAGAUUAUAAACAUCUGUCUCGGAAGUUCACGGAAUGGACAUAUGGCCCAGUGCACACUUCUCUGUAUGACAUGUCAACUGUGGACUCCUUUGAAUCUGGCUCUGUGCUGGAAACGAUUGUAUUCGACAGUAACGCCAAUAAUCGACAUGAAAUGAUUGUGCUGGAACCCAUCAACCAUUUGCUGCAGGAAAAAUGGGAUUCCUAUGCUGGCAAGAUUUUCUAUGUGAAGUUUUUUUUCUAUGUUUUGUACAUGAUAAUAUUCACAGUGACAGCUUAUCACAGGCCACUUGAAGGACAGCCCCCAUUCCCACUGGAAGGGACAAACAAAGACAACUUGCGUGUACUUGGAGAAGUCAUCAUCAUGUUUGGUGGACUUUAUAUACUAAUAUGUCAGAUAAUAUAUUUUUUGAAGAGGCGUCCUUCUUUACAAAUUUUAAUAAUGGACGGGUACUUUGAAAUCCUUUUCUUUUUGCAGGCCGCUAUUGUCCUGAGCAGUGGUGUUGUCUACCUGGCAGGCAGUGAACUCUAUGUUGCCCUGUUGGUGUUUGCACUGGUUCUUGGCUGGGUGAAUAUGCUGUAUUACACUCGAGGAUUCCAGCAGACCGGAAUUUACAGUGUCAUGAUUCAGAAGACCAUCCUGCGUGACAUGCUUCGCUUCCUUUUUGUCUACCUAGUCUUCCUCUUUGGGUUUGCUGCAGCUUUGGUAACACUUAUUGGGGAAACUCCUCAGAAGGCUGAUAAUAGCACUGAUGCUGAACCAAGCGAGGCAGGAACCUCAUAUUCAGGUCUUUACAUUGCUACCCUGGAGCUCUUCAAGUUUACUAUUGGCAUGGGAGACCUGGAGUUCAAUGAAAACCUGAAGUUUAAGCACUUUUUCAUGUUCCUGCUGAUCUUGUAUGUGAUUCUUACCUACGUUCUCCUCCUGAACAUGCUCAUUGCUUUGAUGAGUGAAACGGUCAGUAAAGUCUCUAGUGAAAGCAAGAGUGUAUGGAAACUACAGAGAGCGGCUACAACCCUGGAUAUUGAGAAGUUUCUGCCUACACGCCUUAGGAAAAAACAUAGGUCUGGGAAAAAGAUUAAAGUGGGAUUAAAACCUAAUGGAAAACCAGAUGAAAGAUGGUGCUUUAGAGUGGAAGAAAUACAAUGGGAAUCUUUUGGGGAGAAUCUGUCCUGCAUUAAUGAGGAGGAGCCUGGCAACAAAGAAAAAGCACUGGAGCAUUAUAAACGACCCAAAGGAUGGAGUCAGUGGGUUUCCCGAGCUCAAGAAAAAGCAAAAGAAGAGGAGCUAGAGCCUUUAAAGUCCGUGUCCACAAGCCCAUCAAAUGAUGAAAAAGUCUGAGACAAGAGGCCAAAGCCUAAGGAUAGCCACGACUCCUCACU